GUUGCAGGGAGCUGAACUCUCAGCCAGUCUGUCUCCUGAGUCCAACCAUGAGGGCCAAAGCCUCAGACAUGCACAGGAAGGACUGUGUCAAAGUGGCUGUCAGAGUGCGACCGUUCAACAAGAGAGAGAGGGAUGCAGGCAGCCGUUGUAUCAUCUCCCUGGUGUCGACCUCCAUCACCAUCCAGGACCCGCGUGACUGCCACAACCGACGGUCCUUCUGCUUUGAUUAUGCGUACUGGUCCCACAGCGGCUUCACAAGAGACCACUCCGGUCUUUUUGUCCCCGAAGAGCCGGGAGGGCGGUACGCUGACCAGCACAGCGUGUUCCAGGACCUCGGUGUCGGAAUACUGGAGAACGCUCUGCAGGGUUAUAACACCACUCUGCUAGCCUACGGACAGACCGGAUCAGGGAAGAGCUACUCGAUGGUGGGCCACGGGCCCAACAAAGGCCUGGUUCCUAAACUAUGUGAGCGACUGUUUGAAGCGAUCAGGGGAAACCAAGAAAACAGACAGUGUCAGGUCUUUUUCAGUAUGCUGGAAAUCUAUAACGAGCAGGUGGUUGACCUGUUGUCUCGGGGGUCUCGGACUGCAGGCGGACUCAGAGUGAGAGAAGAGCUGCAAAGGGGCUUUUAUGUUGAAGGUCUUCGUAAAAUCCCCUGUGAGAAUGCGCUGCAGGUGGAGCAAUUGAUGGAGCAGGGGACCAGGACCCGAACCACUGCUGCCACUCACAUGAACGCCAACAGCAGCCGCUCACACAUGCUCAUCAUUCUGCAGCUCAAACAGAUCUUCUCUAAAGAGAGCAUCACAAAGCAAUCCAACAUCAACCUGGUGGACCUGGCUGGCAGUGAGCGUCAGCGGUCUUCAGGCUCUGAAGCCGACAGACUCAAAGAGGGAACGGCCAUAAACCUGAGCCUCACCACGCUGGGCAAUGUCAUCAGCGCCCUGGCAGAUGUUGCCGUAGGGAAGAAGGCAGUCCACAUUCCCUACAGAGACUCUGUUCUCACCAAGCUGCUGCAAUCUGCGCUGGGAGGAAACAGUCGCACUGUCAUGAUUGCCACUCUGAGUCCUGCAGAUAUCUGCUAUGAGGAGUCUCUCUCCACCCUGCGCUACGCUGAAAGGGCAAAGCGCAUCCAAAAUAAGGCCGUGGUGAACGAGAGCCCGACUGAACGGCUUGUUAAGGAGCUAAAGGCUGAGAACACCAGACUGAUGCAGAAACUGAGCCGAAUGGACCAGGAGGGGCGCAGAGCCAGUGACGAGUCCAAGGAACUUCGUCAGCUGUUGACCCAGAACGAGCUCCAGAUCAGAGCCAUUCAGACGCUGUGGGAACAACACCUGCAGGAGGCGCUCAAAGACUGGGAGCAGCAGUAUGCCAGCAUCACACAGGAGAGGAGAAUGAUGCAGAUGUAUCCUUACAUCCUGAACAUCAAUGAAGACGCUCAGCUGUCAGGGGUGGUGAAGCUUUUCAUCCAGGAGGGUGAGUGGGGCAUCGGGCUCUGUGACUCCUCUACUAGAUCCAUUCCUAUCAAGGGCUUAGGGAUCCAGGAGCGUCAUGCUGUAUUCAGGAAUGAACAACGGCGUGUAACACUGACUCCACUGACGGGGUCAAAGGUUAUCGUUAAUGGCAACACUGUGUACGAGACAACUGAGCUGCAACACCUGGACCGUCUCAUUUUGGGGUCAAACUGUACCUACCUGUUCAUCGGUUAUCCGUCUGAGAGGGGUGGGGAUGACUGGAGUCGCUACGAUUAUGAUUACUUCCAGUCUGAGCUGGCUGCUGCUGAGGGCAUCCACCUGGGUGAGUCCAGCACUGGUUCAGACCAGACAGAUCCCAGUCUCUUAGCUGUCUUCUAUGACUACAUUAAGCUGAUGCCCUUGGUGGCUGAGGCUAACCAGAUGAGCCAGGAGCUGAACAAGGGAGUUGAAUUUAAGCUGGAGAUCAAAAAUCUGGCCCUGUCGGAUUCUCGGGGUCAUGAUCUGCAGAAAGACAUUGUUGUCAGAGUGACUUCUGCAGGAAGCAAACAGGUGUGGAUGUGGUCCAAAGCCAAGUUUGUAAACCGCAAGUUUCUAAUGGAGGAGGUCUACCAGCAGUUCAAGGCUGAACAGCUCGAGGACAAAAGAGUGGAGGAUCUCCCAGCCGUAGUGUUGCCCAGAGAUAAAGACCCAUUCUGGGAUCCAGUUGAGCCGCUGCUCUUGGGAACUGCUCACCUCUGGCUUCAGUCUUUGGCCUUCCGCAUCCCUCUGGAGGAGCAGCUAGAGGUGUUGGGCUCAGAGGGCACAGAGGAGGCCAUUCUCCAAGCCGAGCUCCUCCCCUGUACUUCCACUGGACUCCCCCUGGGGGAGGACGACAUCCUGAUUGACCCAUCUGAAGCCCUGGGUCGCCGACUGGACUUCCAGCUGGUCCUGGAUCAGUGUUGUGGGGUUCGCUGGAUCAGGGAGGCUCGCAAUCGGGGGAUUCAAAUCGGUUUCAGGGUAUUUGAUUGCAGCGAGCCUCUUUACACUCCAGCCGUGUGGCACAACAUCAACCCUCUGUUGGAUCACCGGGUCCAGUUCACCUCCAUCCACACAUCCCAGCGUCUGCUGGACUACCUGCAGAGCAGUGCUGUGGUGCUGGAGCUCUGGGGUCUUCAAGAGGGCUGUACUCAGAUGAAUUCAUCCCUGGAAGCUGUGAGGAUGACUUCAGAAGGCGACUUCAUCAUCGAUGAGUCAGAUCCAUCAGAAGCUGCACUAUCUUUCUCUGCUGAGCUCAGCUGUUCAGUCAAAGCUCUUCAACAGGACUUGGAGGACCAGAAGAGUCUUAAUGAAUCACUACGGAGAGAAAAUCACAGUCUGAGAGAACAGCUCAACACAGCCAAGAACGGCGGGGACAUCGCACGUGGUCGGUCGCUGCGUCCCAGCUGUGAUGCAGAGUUUGCACGUGCCCUGAAAGUUUUCUACCACAGCAUGACUUCUGUAAGGGCUCAGCUGCAGCGCCUGCGCAGACACAGACCCAGUGAGGAGUCAGACCUGCUGGGACUCCGACUGUUUGUGGACGAGCAGAAUCGUCUGCUGAGAGAUUUCUCAGAGCAGCUGGAGGAGAGCGUCUCCGCACUCAAACAAGACGUAGCCGCCAUUGUCCGCCGCAAAAGGGAACGCUCAGGCAUCUGGUCUUAACUUGGUCUUUGUUGAUUUUCUAAAGCUAUUCAAGCUGUAAGUACCUCCAGGUUUUCUUUACAUCCCAACACGGCUGAUUCUGAACUUUCAGCUUUGGCGACAGAUUUGCAACAGCUAAGAUCUGAUUGUGUAGUAGAGAUGUCAAUCACAACAAAGUCUAAUCUUAAAAGUUUAUUAGACUGCAUGUAAAAGAAGCUUUUACAUCACAACUGCAAAUAAAUUAAGUCAAGUUUUAAAAAUCACAACAUAGAACAAUUUUCAACCCUCAUAGUUUUAAGCUACUUUAGUUCUGAGCUUUUUUUUUUUUCUUUUUCUUCCAUGCUUCACUGAAAAGUUUAUGAAGACGGACCUGUGUGAA